AUGGAAAAAAUUUAAAAGAAGAGAUCAAGAAAAGAGGAACAGCGAAUAUUGGAAAUAAGGAGGUUGAGACAAAUUAGGAUCGGUCCUCCUCCUAAGCAGUUGAAAAGAAUGCAAAAUGUUUUUUAAAUGAUGGAAGAAAUUUACUCAGAAAGGUUAAUGAAGGGGAAAAAUAAAUAAAGUGUUAAAAAUGAAAUCGUGAGUGAUGAGAUAUUAAACAAGAAUAAAUAAGAAAAAAGCAAUUCUUAGAUAUUUUAUGUUGAUCAUAAAGAUAAAGACGAUAAUGAAUUCAAUAAUUAAGUAGAUUUUAGAAGCAUAAAACUUGUUUAAAGUCCAUUGGUUGAUGAAACUUAUGAAAACAAUCAAGAGUUUCUUUUUAAAACAAAACAAAUAAGAUAAGCAAUUUAUAACUCUUAGCUAUAACCUAAGCCUAAGAAGAAAAAAUAAUUUCAAAUUUAAGAAAAUGAUGAAAACGAAAUAAAUUAAGCCCUUCAGUCAAAUAACGCAUAAGACAAAAAGAAAAGCAGAAUUUAAACAAUUCAAGAAAGGAUUGAAAAGCAGAAACAAAAAUAAAAUUAAUUUUUAGAUUCUCCAAGAAAUAGCUUGCUUUCACCUGUUUCUUAAAGUCCAAAUGCCAAAGAUAAAACAUGGUCUUCAAUAAAUAAAGGAUUUUAAAUUCCAUUUAAUGAUUUACUCCCAGAAGAUCUACAAUCUAGUCUUUCAUUAUAAAAAAGAGAAUCACAAACUCCAUAAAACUAAAAUAAUAACUCUGCAAAUUAAAUACUUGAAUAGAAUGAUAUGCAUAGAAAAAAAUCAAAAUCCCUUUUUCAUUUUGAAGACACUCUUCUAAAGAGCAACUUUGAUUCAUAGAGCGAAUUCAUGCCAGCUUUGUUAGAAUUAAAAAGAAAAGAAGCAGAAAUGGCAGAACUUAAGAAACAUAAAUAAAAAUUAGAAUAAAGAUAAGAUAGAAUAGAUGAUAUUAGAUAAAAACUAGGUUUGAUGAGAUAAUUUGAACUCAAGAAUAAUAUUGAAAAAUAAAUAAAUUAUAUCCAGAAAGAUUUAGAUAAAAUAGAUUAAAAUCUAAGUAAUAUUCCUAAUAUUAGAAAAUUUAGAGUUAUUUAACCUAGACCGCUUACAUUUAGUAAGAACGAUCGCUAUUAAAAUAUAAAGAACUAAAAUAAAAAUGAAAUGAAAAGCAACUUAAUUGGUGCUUUAAGUGAUAAUUAAUAUAAUUUAAAUGAUAUGCCUAUUAAUAGUUCUUUUAAUAAAAUUUUAAGUCCUGUGAAUCAAAACUUUUAAAAAAUUGAUCUAAAAUCUAAAAAAAGCUCUGAUUCUAUAUUUGAAGAAAAUAUCAUUUAACUUUAAAAUAUUUCUUAAAAUGCUGCAUUUCCUUCAAGAAGAUUUUCUAUUCCAGUCUUACAAUUUUAUAAUGCAGAAUAGUUUUAAAAAUCUCCAAUCUUGAGUCCGAAUAGCAAAGAUAAUUUUUCAACAGAAAUGUAAAGCAUCAAGUAAAAACAUACCCAACAACUUUCAAACAGCUCAAGAAAUUUGCUUAAAGAAAAUAUUAAAUAAAGUUAAAAUAAAAUUUUAUCCAUAAAAGAUUAAAACAAUAAACAGUUAUUAUUUUAAGAUAAAUAAGAAAAUAAAGUACCCUUUGAUAGUAUUGUUUAAGAUAAGCAAAUAAACGUAUUGUAAAAAAAAUAAAUGAACUUUUCAUAAAGAAGGUAUUCAAUUCCUGUUAAAAAAUUCGAUGGUAGUCGUCCAUCUUCCAAAUUAAGUUUAAAAGAUAACAAUGUGAGUUAAACAAAAGGAGAAUAAUUAAAUAAAUCAAAAAGCUGUUAAUAAUUAAAAAGCAGUCAAAAUUUGCAAAAUAUGCUUUCUUAAGAUUUAAAAAUCAACGACAUUUUAAGUAGUAGGUCUUAAAGAAAAAGCCUUUAUCAAUCGUUAAAAACUAAUUAACAAACGUUUGACUUCAAUAGCUCACCUGAUACAUCAACAGUUUCUAGUGCUAUCAAAAAAGACUAAAAAAUAUUUAAGUUUCCUUUAACUUCCUCAUCUUCUGCAUUUUCUGAAAGAAAAAGAUAAAAUGCCUAAAAUAUUGAAGUAAGAAAAAAGGCAGGUAGUUUGUUUUAAUAGGUGAAUUAACUGUAAUAAUAAACAAGAGAAAUGGCAAAAGAAGAGACAGAUUAUGUAACAAAAUAAACUAAAAUUAUAGCUCAAGAUUUUAUGCAUUGGGAUUAAGAACUAUAGGAGUAUAAUACAGAUGCAGAUAAGACACUCUUUAAAGAUAUUUAAUUUGAGAUGAAGUUAAGAGAUAAAUAUAUCUAAGAGCUCAUGCAUAUUUCUUGA